AUGAAGAAUAGUUAUUCCACAUCAACGAGUGGUGGAAUUUUAUAUAGUUCCGAAUUUAUUCAAGUUAAUUUAGCUGCUGAUGCAAAGGGUGAUGAAGAAAAUGGUUUUCAACCCAAGGCUGCAUGUGUCUCUUGUAGAAAGCUACAUCGUCGAUGCUCAAAGGAAUUUCCGAAAUGCUCUGAAUGUGUUACUCAUCACAGAAAGUGUAUUUACAUGGAUACAAAAACAAAAGAAAGAAAUCUAGCCUCAUCAUCAUCAACAGAUCGCACUACUAGUAGAGAUAGUAGGGGUAAUAACCAGAAUAAUAAUAACAGCAAACGAUCAAUGAGGAGAGCAGCGUCUACAAUUGAAGAACCUCAAAUUGCAAUCACAGAGGGACUAAUUAAGAAAAGUAUCAAGAGACAAACGUUCAAUGUCUAUAUGGACUUGGUUUGUAUGGGACUACCAUUCAUUACCCCUCAAAAUUUUGAAAACAUGCUCUUUUCUGAGAAUAUUCUGAAUCAAAACACUAAUGCAACCAGUAUUAAGGCAUUAUUUCUAUCAAUACAGUCAUUGUGUGAUCAACGGUUUGGAAGAAGGGAUGCUGCUAUUGCUGCCUUCAAUGAAGCAAAAAGUGAGCUACAUCAAGUUUUUGAAGAUUACGAUAACUAUCUAAAUAUUUGUACAUAUAAUAAUUUAGCUUACUUUUCUGGUGCUGAGGGAGAGGAUCAAAUGUCACAAUGGUUCAUGUCACCAGUAGAGUAUUACCUAUCAAAAUAUUCUGAAUUGAAUUUUAAUUCCCAUAACGAGCUGAUAGGACUUGCCUUUGAAAAUUUGAACAAAGGGAGUGGAAUAACUAAAUUAUUUUAUUUUGAUAAUAGAUACAAAUGGACAAGUCUCACUUUUGGAGAUUAUAUAGGAAUACCUUUCAAGUUAUCUACUGGGAAAAGAUUACCUCCUGAAUUGAAGCAAUUGGUGGAUCGUGAUUUGAAUGAAAACACAGCACAAGCUGAGUCAGCAGUUCUUCAAUGCAUUCUUCAAUUUAUGAAACAACACCAUCAAAAGCUUGUGCAUUCACCUGGUUUUCUCAACUUGUCUCGCAUAGUGGAUGUAUCUAGUUUUACCAAAACAAGAAUAGAAUCACUCCGAGUACUCUAUUCAAAAGCAAAUAGCCAAGAAAAGAGAGAGUUAUUUUUCAAAGAAAUGCUCAAUCUUGCAAAUACGACUACUGAACUAAGCAAGGAUGAUCUAUUCCCAUACAUUUUACCUACCAAUAUUUUUGGUUUUGCUCUAGCUGCAGAAAUUCAUUUGGAAGCAUUGUCUAAUUUUUCUCAUUUAGUAUCUGUUAGCGAAAUUUUAGGGCAUCUCAAACAAGAUUUCCUAGCCCUUACUGUCCUUGCAAGGAAAUAUGGAAGAGUGCAGAAAGUUUAUGGGUACAUCUAUGAUGAAAUUCAGUCGGUAUUGUUAAAUAAUGGAGUUCCUGCUGAAGAGUUAUUGAACCUCAUUUCUAAUAAUUCAUUCAAAACACCAUCUACCCCUAAAUUAUAUCCCCCUAUUACUGUAAAUAAUCAAACCCAUACAAUUUCUCCCACCAACAACUCAACAGAUCAAGUUAUAACUUCUGAAAACUCUUCGCCCACUUCUGAAAAUGUAUCAAAGAAGAAGGAUUUUCCAUCGGCAGCUUUUCUUAAUAAUACGCUUCGUAAUUUCAAGAAAACAAUUUCCAACCAAGAAAUUUGCACGAUAACUCCUCGAAGUUCUACAACAUCAGAUAGCCCAAUUAAUGAGGAAGAAAUAUCCUGCUUGAAAAAUCAAACACUCUCAAUACUGCAACAAACAUUUUCAAAAUAA